AUGCGCCUUCUUCCACUCCUCGGGUUCGCUUUUUCUCCUUUUGCCAUAGGUCUCCAAGUACCUCUUACGGUCGAUCGGACCAGUGAACACCACGCACAAGUACUUAUACUCGGAGGUGGUAUGACAGGUAUAAUUGCCGCGCGAACUCUUCACCAGCAAGGCAUCCAUGAUUUCAAAAUCGUUGAGGCCCGCGAUGAGAUUGGAGGACGAAUGAAGAGUACCUUGUUUGGGUCGCCUAGUAUGUCUUAUAGAGUGGAGGUCGGUGCCAACUGGAUCCACGGGACGCAGUCUGGAGAUGGUCCUGCGAAUCCUAUAUUCGAGCUUGCACGGAAAUAUAAUAUUUCCCUGCAGGCUAACCACUACCAUAGCAGCAUGACAACUUUCGAUUAUACGGGCCAAGUGGACUACCUUGAUGUCUUCAAUGCCUCUGUUGAUGCAUUUACAAGAUUGUGUAUCGCUGGAGGUAACUUACCGGACGCUACGUCUCGUGUCGGCUAUUCUACCAUCGGCACCACCCCUCUGACUCACCAGGAACUGGCUGCGGAGUACUACCAGUUUGACUGGGAAUACGCUCAGACUCCUGAGAUGACUUCUUGGGCCGCAGCUGCUUGGGCAGCCAACCUCACCUUCAAUAUUGAUCAAGGAGGCUUCUCGAGCGAGAACCUGCUUUCGAUUGACCAGCGUGGCUUUGCGAGCAUUCUUCAGGCUGAGGCCGCUGAGUUUCUCACUGAUAAUCAAAUCCUACUCAGCACCAUCGUAAAGACCAUCCAAUAUUCUGAUGAUGGUGUAUCGGUAGUCCUUGAGGACGGAUCGGUUUUGAGUGCGGAUCACGUACUGGUGACGUUUAGCUUGGGUGUUCUACAGAACGACGAUGUGAUCUUCGAGCCUACUUUGCCGAAAUGGAAGACGGAGGCAAUUCACGGGAUGAGCAUGGGAACGUAUACCAAGGUCUAUUUGCAAUUCCCGGAGAAGUUUUGGUUCGACACCGAGUUUGCUCUGUUUGCGGAUAAGAAACGGGGGUGGUAUCCAGUUUGGCAGGACCUUGACACUGUAGAAUUUUUCCCUGGUUCUGGGGUCGUCUUCGUGACGGUGACGGGCGAGUUUUCAAAACGGAUUGAGGCCCUUUCAGACGAUCAAGUGGAAGGAGAGGUUCUCUCCGUGCUCCAAUUGAUGUAUCCAGAAAUGACGAUCCCUGAACCUGAGGCAUUCUAUUUCCCUCGCUGGUUCAGCGACCCGUUAUAUCGCGGAAGCUACAGCAAUUGGCCAGGCAACUUGACCAUAGAAGAUCAUGAGAAUAUCAAGGCCAGCAUUGGGAAUAGACUAUGGUUCGCAGGCGAAGCCACGAGUCGGAAAUAUUUUGGCUACUUGCACGGCGCGUACUAUGAAGGGCAAGAAACAGCCGGCCUGAUCGCCCGUUGUAUAAAGUCACGCUCUUGUCACAGUCCAUCGCAUUCUGUUCGCCGAAAUCCUUGGGAUUGA